GUCCGCCCUCCCGCAAUCCGUUAGUCCCGACUUUAAUCUGGGGAGCUCGGGCCAAUUACGUACCCCGGAUAUACCAUUUCCAUUCUACAUAGUAGAAUGGAAACAUAUGUGAGGUAUUCUUCCACCCCGCUAUUGUAGCAAAGUCGAGUCUAACUUUUAUCUCAUACCAAUAACGACACGACACUCGAAUUGUGAGUUGUUAUUUGCCUGUGUAGCCCGUCUUGAGGCCUUAAACCCAACCAGAAGUCAUGUAUUAGUGUACAUACGUACACGCCCAACUAGACUUAGACCGGACCGGACCAUAAGACAACUCGCUCUGGCAUCAGCACGCCACUUUUAAACCAAAACCUCUUCGUACCAUCAAUUCAUCGGAACCGAGUCCUUCACAUCCCCCAUCUAGCAUCCUUCAUCGAUCUCCGGUCUUCUACAUCCUUAGCUAGAGACCAUGGCAUCAAGAAAGGUGUCAGUCCUCAAGUUCGUGGGGACUGUCUCGUUGGGUCUCUUAACGGGCACUUCGUACACCCUCUCGACCCUCACCCUCCCAUCCGUCCUUGAGCUCCCCUCUGCCUCAUCCGCAGCCAAGGCCUUCCGCAACAUCGCAUCAACGGCAUCAACACACCUCACUUCCCUAGCUAGCCUAUCCGGCUCUGCCUUCCUGCUCGCCUUUAUCAUAUCCCCCCGUGGCUUCAGACACCCGUACCUGCUCUACACGUCGCUAUUCUGCUUCGGUACCCGCCUGUCCGACUACGUGACGCCGUCCAUCUUCGGCGCUCCCGUCUCCAGCUUCUCCGCCGCCGCGCAACGCCGGGCUGCCGUCCAGGCCCGCAAGGAUAAGAAGGCCGCUCGCCGCAUGGAGGCUUCCUACGAAGAUCUAGGCGGCUCGCACAGCGACGAGGCCAGUGGCGAGGAGCACGAGGAGGACUUCAACGGCGAGGAGGUCCGCAGCGAGGUUCAGCACUUCGUUCGGAACCAGUUGAUACAGACGGCUCUCGCGGGCAUCGGCUUCGCGAUGGCGGUCGUUGGUAUCUGGGGAGAUGGUGCUCUGGAUGUCUCGGAGACGCUUGUCAUUGAGUUCUAAGAAUGGGAGAAUCUCACGGAAUCUCAAAUAAGCAAA